AGAAAUACCAUAUAAUGUAUAUACUCUGAUUAGUAAUAUGAAAAAUGGACUAGAACCACCGUUUAAUGUUAUAUUUGAUGCAAAUUAAUUUUGGCACUCGGGACGCUCUGCGCAUUGCCACUGAAUAAGAGGUUACUUAAAAUUACAUCCCUGGUCCUUCUACUCUCUGUAUUGCAUCGUGGUGAAUUCACAUUUCUCAGAAAUUUAACAACAAAACAAAACGAAGAUAUGUUGAGGCAAAAAACAAGGCGCAGUUGGAAAAUGAAGUGAUUAGUACGAAGUAGCAGCGCAGGCACAUUUGGAAAAUUAUGCCGAUAAGCAAGAUAGAAUUUGGGAAAGUAAGUGCCUGGGUGCAGCAUAUCUAUGUAUUAAAAAAUUAAGAGGUGCUCCAAACAUUUGGCGAACUUUUUUUCGCCUUCUCAACGUGCUAAGUUACAAGUUAAGAUGACUACCACCACGGCCGGUAGGAAGUCCGAAGCAAAGGGCAAACAACCUUCCAGGAAGCUGCCUGCUGUCCCCGAGUCGUAGCUGAAGUUCAGCAAGAAGAAGGUCAGCAAACGUGCAACCCGGUCAAGCGUAAACUAAAGCGCUCUGCUGUGAUUGCACUCCGCAAACGUGAAAACUUGUUGCAUCUGAGAAAUAUCAAGCAAAAUAUCUCCGUGAUGGACGCCGUGAGAAUAAGUUGCGCUGCCUGGCAAAGAAACGCUGCUCAUUCUACGUGCCUGCGGAAGACAAAUUGGCUUUUGUGAUCUGUAUCCGCGGUAUCAACAAAGUUGCACCAAAAGUGCGACAGUUUGUUCUGUGUUCGCCACAUUAACCACGGUUUGUUCAUCAAAUUUAACCGUUAAUAUGCUACGCAUUGCCGAAUCCUAUAUCACAUGGGGUUAUCCAAAUCUUAAAUCAGUUCGUGAAUUGAUCUACAAACGUGGAAUUGUCAAGCAUAACCAUCAACGUGGCCCAAUUUCUGACAACUUUGUGAUCGAACGCAAAUUGCACAAAGCGCACGAUAUUAAGUGCACGAAAUAUUCACUGUUGGAUCCCACUUCAAGAAAUCUAACUAAUCACAACGUUGAGGUAGGUGAUUUCGGUAACCGUGAAGAUAAGAUCAACAAACUGCAUGCGCAAGAUGGUUUAAAGAAAUUUUUUGGUGUACAAGGUUUAACCCGCAAAUAUGCCAAAUGGAAGGCAGCUUAUAUUCACGAUUCCUUGAAUAAUGUCAGAAUUCCAUUGCCGUUUCUCAUUAACGAUGCACCCAGGAUUGCAUUUACCGUCUAUGAAAAUAUUUCAUGAAGCGUUCCAAAAUAAGCUCCGAGCAACUAAAAGUUGGU